AUGUGGUGGUUCCUAAUUGCACUUAUUGUCUUUGCACAGUGUGGCUCGUCUUCCUUUAACGAUUUAGAAGAAUCGUGGGAAAUAUCUGGUGGUAAUCCUUAUAAUGCUAUGCAAAAGGAUUCAUUUGGAACAAAGGUAAAUUAUCAUGGGAAUACUUCGAGUAUUUUAAAUCCAAACAAUAUUUAUGAAUGGACUCCAAUUACAAACGACUUAACUGCAGGUGAUAGGGACACGUUUGUGUUUGAUGUUAAUACGGGCAGUUCAGGAUUUGGUAUUGCUUCCACAUAUGAAAUUCUAAUUCUAUUGAGUGGAAACAUUUGUAAACAACCUUCCAAUACUAACGGUACUUCAUUGGGGGUUUUUUACUCAUUUAACGAAACUCUCUUUGGUGAUUUGGGCGUUGGUAAAUUUCAAUCAUUCGGAAAUGGAUAUCUACAAGCAUUGGCGAUUAGUCCUCUGGAGGCUAACAAUAAUAAUGCAACUUCCAAGUACAACAAUUUGUAUGUCGUGGUUACACCUGUUAAUGAAACUACAGGCCAACCCCUGCCAUCAUCCCCAGAGAAGGUAAACGGUGAGCGUUGGGAGUACAAAAUGAGUAUAUCUGAAAACGAUUUGGUUUAUCAAUGGGAUUCAAGGUCGUGGCUGGAUGUAUUGGAUACGGACCACACCUCAGCUCUUUUACUGACAGGUAACGUAAGUGCUGAUGCUGAAAAUCACUAUAAUUAUUCGAUCUACAAUCCGUCACUAUAUGACCUUUACGUCUAUUCUGACGAAGAAUCUGCAAAAUUGGAUAAAUCGACUAAUAUAUCUCUGUGUGCCAUGAUACAGGGUAAUUACUUAGUGUCAUCAGCGCAAUCACCGCCGAAGGAUGUUCAUCCGUUGGAAAGAACUGAAUUAGCAGUCUCUAGGUCAAUGGCUGAUAGAAGUGGUAGCGUUAGGGAACAAUUCUACGUUACAGGUUUAAAUGCAUCAACGGACUACGUCGCAUAUUUGACUAAAAAGAUUGGUAAGAAGGGGAAUUUAUCUCCAGAUGGUGGUGUGCUUUUCUCGAGGCAGCCGUUUCGAACCAAAUCUUCCAAUAACUGUUCAUUGGUUUUUGGGCUCGAUUUUUGCUCAGGUGUUGCUUACUCAGUACCGUCCUCAUCAAUUUCAGAUAAUAAGACUAUGUUGGCACAAACUUUUGAUCAUUACUCUCAGUCUCUUUUCCAAAACUUUAGCAAGGCACUACAAAUCGUACCAUGCGAAAUGGAAUUAGAUGCAAGAUAUUCACCUGUUCGAACCUGUCAAGACUGUUCCGAUUCCUAUAGAGAUUGGCUUUGCGCGGUUACGAUUCCUCGUUGUACUUUGGAUAAUCAAGAAUAUUAUAUUCGCAGGAAAAAAGAUGAUAAUAGAAAUCAAUUCAUCAAUGAAGAAAUUAAACCCAUGAGUGAUUACUAUGAAGUUCCGCCUUGCAUAGAGAUGUGUUACCAUAUGGUAAGAGACUGCCCCAGUGAUUUUGGAUUCGCAUGCCCUGAUAUAAAUAACCAAAAGGAUCUUUUCCACCGAAGCUAUAGCUAUUUUGACACAAAUAGUAUGGAAGACACAUGUAAUUAUAUCGGUAAUGCUACUGAUCUGUUCCUAACUGCAAAAAAUAAUUAA